AUGUUACGCCCAACUAUGCGCGCCUGUUUGGUCUCAAUCCGAAGCUUGAGCUCUUCCAAUAUCCAGCCAGCACUAGCAGUAGCAGGCAAUGGACCCAACGAUCUUCUCAACGAGGUGCGGCUCCUAUCCUCACGCGGACAACUCCAGGAAGCUCUCUCACUCGUCUACAAUACAUCACCCCAACUCCUCUCUCUACAAACAUGUGCCACUCUCUUCCAUGAGUGCGCCCGCCAUGGGUAUCUUCAACAAGGUCUUCAUUUGCAUUAUUUCAUGCUUGCCCAUUUUCCCAACGGCACAUCUGACCUCUUUGUCACUAACCAUUUGAUCAAUAUGUACUGCAAAUGUGGCUAUUUACAAUAUGCUCGUCAGCUGUUUGAUGAAAUGCCUAUAAGGAAUGUCGUUUCUUGGACGGCUCUUGUUUCGGGGUAUGCACAAUGUGGUCGGAUUGCAGAGAGUUUUCGAAUCUUUUCGGAUAUGUUAGCUGAUCGUCGCUCUCGGCCGAAUGAAUUUGCGUUUACAAGCGUGCUUAGUUCGUGUGAUGACUUGCGUGGUAAGCAAUUGCAUGCACUCUUGUUGAAGAUGGGAUUGGAUGCCUCUGUUUAUAUAGCAAAUGCUCUUAUUACCAUGUAUAGCAAGAAUUAUAAGGUAGAGGAGGCUUGGACAUUGUUUAAGAGUCUGCGCUAUUGGACUGAGGUUUCUUGGAAUUCAAUGAUUGCUGGGUUUCAGUUAGCAAAGCUUGGGAUGCAUGCUAUUGGUGUUUUUGUCAGAAUGCAUCACGAGGGCAUUGGCUUUAACCGUGCCACACUGCUCAGUGUAUUCUCUUCAUUUUGUGGAAGCAAUGAUAUUGAGAUGGAUUUGGGUCUUAAAUUUUGUUUUCAGGUAUAUUGCCUCAGUGUUAAAACUGGAUUCAUUUCUGAAGUUGAAGUGGCGACUGCAUUUAUGAAAGCUUAUUCGGAGCUUGGAGGAGAUAUUUCUGAAUUUUAUCAUCUCUUCCUGGACACAAGUUGCCAAGAUAUAAUUUUUUGGACUAGCAUGAUAACUGCAUUUGCAGAACGUGACCCAGUUAAAGCUUUCUUCCUUUAUCGACAAUUGCUUCGAGAAGACAUGAGACCCGAUUUGUAUACUUUUUCAAUAGUACUUAAAGCUUGUGCAGGCUUUGUAACUGAGAAGCAUGUCUUGGCAAUUCAUUCACAAGUGAUUAAAGCUGGUUUCGAGGAUGAUACGGUGUUAAGAAAUGCCUUGAUCCAUGCUUACACAAGAUGUGGCUCCAUUGUUUUGUCUAAGAAAGUGUUUGAAGAAAUGGGAUAUCGUGAUCUGGUUUCCUGGAACUCGAUGCUUAAGGCCUAUGGUUUGCAUGGGAAAGCUAAGGAAGCACUACAACUCUUCCAACAAAUGGACCUCAGACCUGAUACCACUACCUUUGUUGCUCUUCUUUCAGCUUGCAGCCAUUCUGGAAUGGUGGAGGAAGGAAUGAGAAUCUUUGACUCCAUGUUCAAGAAUCACAGUAUUAUUCCACAGUUAGACCACUACGCUUGCAUGGUAGAUAUUCUUGGACGAGCUGGCCGAAUCACCGAGGCUGAGGAGCUUAUACGCGGGAUGCCUAUGGAGCCUGACUCUGUAGUUUGGAGUGCACUACUUGGGUCAUGUAGGAAGCACGGUGAAACUCAGUUAGCUAAAAUUGCCGUAUCCAAACUGAAACAGAUGGAGCCUGAAAAUUCAUUGGGAUAUGUACAAAUGUCAAAUAUCUACUCUUCAGGCGGAAGAUUCAACGAAGCAAGAACAAUUAGAAAAGAAAUGGAUGGUUCAGGAGUAAAAAAGGAGCCCGGACAAAGUUGGAUCGAGGUCGGGAAUCAAGUGCACGAGUUUGCCUCCGGAGGCAGACAUCAUCCUCAAAGAGAUGCCAUAUGCGCCAAGCUUCAGGUAUUAAUUGGGCAAUUAAAGGAGAUCGGAUAUGUACCGGAAACAAGCUUGGCCUUGCAUGAUAUAGAGGAGGAGCACAAACAAGAGCAAUUGUUCCACCACAGUGAGAAGAUGGCUUUGGUUUUUGCACUGAUGAAUGAAGGGAACUUACAUUGUGGUGGGAAUGUGAUAAGAAUAAUGAAGAACAUCCGAAUCUGUGUCGACUGCCAUAACUUCAUGAAGUUGGCGUCGGAUUUUCUUCAGAAAGAGAUCAUUGUUAGGGAUUCAAAUCGUUUCCACCACUUUAAAAAUAAGAUAUGUUCUUGUAACGAUUAUUGGUGAUGGUAAGCUUUGAAUAAUACAAAG